UUACUCAUCUCUUUUUUCACUUUUCCAACAAUCAAUACCAAUUCCAACUUUAGACUUACAAAGAAAAUUUAAAAAAUUAUAUUCAUCCAUCACGCAACGAAAAUCACGGCAUUUGUACCUAUAAAAAAACAAAUUAGAAUUGGACUUAACUCUACACAGAAUUAUUUUUUCAUUCAUUCUACAACACAGUCUACACAUAUGGAGACGAGGGAACAUCUUUUUUUACAAUUUUCGUUCGUGUGAUGAAAAUGUUUAAGAUGGGACAUUUUUAAUCUCAGAAAUCUUCAAUCGUAAAUUUAUAGACACGCCAUAAAUAGAGUUUGAAAAAUCAUUCUGUUUAUACGAAACGUACUGUACUUGCGUAGCUGUCUGGUUCAAUAGUUGACCCUCAAAUUUAAGAAAUUGUGAUAGCGUAAAAGAAAGGUUAUGUAACUUUAUUUUAGGCACAUGUUGAGAAAAAAAGAAAACAUAAUGAAAUAGAAUAAGACGAAACAUAGAAAUCGCAACUGCCCAAAAUAAGUAAAAGUAAUUAAAAAUGACAUCCGAUAACUCUGUAUAAAAUGAUAAUGAAAUUCUGUAUAAAGCAAGAAGAACACGCAAUAUAGUUUAGUUGAUUUGCAAUGUUAAUACAAAGCCAUCAUUAACAGAAAUUAUACAUAAAUACUUGGAUACUUACAUAGUGAUACCUCAUUCAGGCAUAUUAUAUUACAAUAAUUGAAUUUAUUGUAAAGCUAAAACAAAAAUGAAGAUGAUGUUUAAUGUGUUGCAAGUGAUUACUUUGAGUUUUUGUCUCGGGAAGAUAUGCUCAGCGUCAAACGAAUUUAUUGAUGAAAAGAUAAAAUAUUUUCAAGAACACAUUCGAGAUAAUAUUUAUGGUGUCAGUGAAAAAUUUGUGGACGAUGUCACAAACAUUAUUGAAAAAUACCGAACUGAUCCAACGAUUGUUGUUGAUUUAUCUGAAGGUGUGUUAAGGAUAGGACGUAUUCCAAAAGAGAAAAAGACGAAAAUUGAUGCAAAAAUCGUGGAAGAAUUUUUUUUGACGGAACCAUAUUUCCAAAGUUCAAGAGCUUUUGAAAUAAAAAUAAAAAUGGAUUACUUGAAAAUAUUACAGUCAAUUUUGUCGAGGCAGUUGCAGCCAGAACAAUACGAUGGCGUAUUAAAUUUGCUUUAUAUAUUCUUGUAUCAAAAUGCAACAUUGGAUGAAAAAGAGAGCGCCCUGGGCUAUUUGUAUGGUUCUGAUACCGCGGCGACAAAAACAACAUUCCUUUCGAAGUUUCCGGAUUUAGGUCCUACUGAAUGCUCAGAUGAACUUCGAAAAUAUUCAAUACCACAAGCAGAAGAUAUGUUGAAAUCGAUGAUUGACAUUAAACCAAAGGUUCUUCAGGAUUUUUUGGCCAUUCGUGAGAAAUUCUCUUGUAAUUUUUACGCACUAAAAUGUCUACAGAGUUUUGUUAAGUUCCUUGAACGAUUUCAAGGCAAUGAAGCGAAAAUCAAUGCAUGUUUUUUAAAGGAGAGUCUAGAGAGUCUAGGAAAUUGGGAAAGUUCCUCACCAUGGCAAAAAUCAAAAGAAUACAUCGAAUAUGAAUUACAAAAGCUAGAAUCUUUGUUGUCUGCACGCUUGACUGAUGAAACUAUUCGAGGCAUACUCAAUUUUAUAAAAGCGACAAUACCUAACACGCCAAUCGAUGAAAUUGAAAAGUCACUUGAAUAUUUGUAUGAUGAUGUGCCCAAAACGGAGUGCCACCUUACUGAAAGCUCAACGUUGCAAAUUGCGUAAAGAUACUCGUCAGAGAAGAUUCAAUAUGCUGGAGACAGAUUUCAAUAGUUGAUUAAGUAAAAAUCAAUAAAAACCAGUCAUGUUUU